CACUCUCUUAUUACAGGCUUUAGGGAGUCUCGCUCCCUUUUUCUUCUAGAGCCGGCUGCUGUUUGUGAGAGAAGACUUUUCCUUUCGCCCCUUCAUCGCCAUGGUGACUCCGGCCCCCGCUGGGGAGGAAGACGUUUUCAGCCGCUACCGCUCCCCCCUUGUCUCGCGCUACGCCAGCCCCGACAUGGCUUUUAACUUCAGCGAGAGGAAGAAGUUCGGCACCUGGCGGCGGCUCUGGCUUUACCUGGCUCAAGCAGAAAAGUCAUUGGGUCUAGCCAUCAUAGAUGAGCAAAUACAAGAAAUGGAAGCAAAUCUGGACAACAUAGACUUUCAGAUGGCUGCAGAGGAAGAGAAGCGGUUGCGUCAUGAUGUAAUGGCCCAUGUACACACAUUUGCCCACUGUUGUCCAAAGGCUGCAGGAAUAAUUCAUCUUGGAGCAACUUCCUGCUAUGUGGGAGAUAAUACGGACUUGAUUGUUCUUCGGGAUGGAUUCAAUCUGCUGCUUCCCAAGCUUGCUAGAGUGAUCAACCGUCUGGCAGACUUUGCUGAGAAGUAUGCCGACUUGCCAACUUUGGGCUUCACUCACUACCAGCCUGCACAGUUAACCACUGUGGGUAAACGUUGUUCCCUAUGGAUCCAGGAUCUGUGCAUGGACCUGCACAAUUUUGAGCGAGCACGAGAUGAGUUGAGGUUUCGGGGUGUGAAAGGCACCACUGGCACCCAGGCCAGCUUCUUGCAGCUCUUUGAAGGAAAUCAUGACAAAGUGGAGGAGCUAGACAGGCUGGUGACUGCAAAGGCAGGAUUUAAGCGAGCUUAUAUUGUCACAGGACAGACGUACAGUCGCAAGGUGGAUAUCGAAGUCCUGUCUGUUCUGGCUAGUCUAGGGGCAUCUGUACAUAAGAUCUGUACCGAUAUCCGCCUUCUGGCAAACCUCAAAGAAAUAGAGGAACCGUUUGAGAAAGAACAAAUAGGUUCGAGUGCCAUGCCUUACAAACGGAAUCCCAUGCGUUCAGAACGUUGUUGCAGUUUAGCUCGCCACCUUAUGACUCUAGUCCUGGAUCCCCUCCAAACAGCUUCUGUGCAGUGGUUUGAACGCACUUUGGAUGAUAGUGCAAACAGGCGUGUGGCCUUAGCUGAGGCCUUCCUUACUGCUGAUAUAAUACUUAGUACCUUGCAGAAUAUUUCUGAAGGUCUUGUGGUGUACCCCAAGGUGAUUGCAAGACGUAUUCAACAGGAGUUGCCUUUCAUGUCCACUGAAAAUAUUAUCAUGGCUAUGGUGAAAGCUGGGGGCAAUCGCCAGGAUUGUCACGAGAAGAUACGUGUCCUGUCCCAGCAAGCAGCUGCUGUUGUAAAACAAGAAGGAGGUGACAACGAUCUCAUUGCUCGUAUCCGUGCUGAUCCUUACUUCAGCCCUAUCCAUGAGCAGCUGGAAGCCCUCCUUGAACCCACAUCCUUUACUGGGCGUGCUUCCCAACAGGUGACAAGAUUCCUGAAAGAAGAGGUCUACCCAAUGCUGACCCAAUAUCAGAGCAAGAUGGGUGUGAAAAUGGAGCUUACUCUUUGAAUUAGGGUUUUAUUGGAGUGUGUGCGCGUAAAGGAUAAUAAAGCAUUUUUUAAAAUGUA